UAGGACCUGCUCUGUAUGGCUCCCUUGCCUGAGCUCUGCACCAUCGUGUUAUGUGUCUCCUUGUCUACAUGUUCCCGAAUUGACUUCCAGAUCAUUUCGGAGCGCACCAAGCCCAGGAUGCAUGAGUUCCAGUCUGAAGUGUUCAUGAUCAUUGGUGGCUGCACAAAGGAUGAACGAUUUGUGGCAGAGGUAACCUGCCUGGACCCCCUGAGGCGCAGCCGCCUGGAGGUGGCCAAGCUCCCACUGACGGAGCAUGAGCUGGAGAGUGAGAAUAAGAAGUGGGUGGAGUUUGCAUGCGUGACAUUAAAAAAUGAGGUCUACAUCUCAGGUGGCAAAGAAACAAAGCACGAUGUCUGGAAAUAUAAUUCUUCAAUCAACAAAUGGAUUCAGAUUGAGUAUUUAAACAUAGGCCGCUGGAGGCAUAAGAUGGUGGUGUUGGGUGGUAAGGUCUAUGUGAUUGGCGGUUUUGAUGGCUUACAGAGGAUCAACAAUGUGGAGACCUACGACCCGUUCCACAACUGCUGGUCAGAGGCUGCACCCCUCCUUGUCCAUGUGAGUUCCUUCGCAGCCACCAGCCACAAGAAGAAGCUCUAUGUGAUUGGUGGUGGGCCCAAUGGAAAACUGGCCACGGACAAGACUCAGUGUUAUGACCCUUCAACCAAUAAAUGGACUUUAAAGUCGGCCAUGCCAGUAGAGGCUAAAUGCAUCAAUGCAGUGAGUUUCCGGGACCGCAUCUAUGUCGUUGGUGGGGCCAUGAGAGCACUGUACGCCUAUAGUCCCCUGGAAGACAGCUGGUGCCUGGUGACACAGCUCAGCCAUGAGCGGGCCAGCUGCGGCAUCGCACCCUGCAACAACAGGCUCUACAUCACUGGUGGACGGGAUGAGAAGAACGAGGUCAUUGCCACUGUUCUGUGCUGGGACCCUGAGGCCCAGAAGCUGACGGAGGAGUGUGUGUUGCCCCGGGGGGUGUCACACCAUGGCAGUGUCACCAUCAGGAAGUCAUAUACCCACAUCCGAAGGAUUGUGCCUGGGGCAGUGUCUGUGUGACUGGUACCCUGAGCCCUUGACCACUGCCUCAGAGUCCUGCCUGUGUCCAUCCCACGCUAGCCCCUGGCUUGCAGCUGAGGCCAUGAGUGGCGUGCUCUGGGACAGCUAGGAUGUCACAGCCAGGAAUGUUUGUGUGACUACCUCACGAGGAAAGAUGAGGAGAAGAAUAAUAGUUGACAUUCAGGACACACCUACCAUCCCUGGGUCCCCAUUUAACUAUGGUAACGUCCCGGUGCCUGGCUGUCAUCACUACUGUCUUGCAGGUAAGGAAAUCGAGUUUCAGGAAGGCUAAGAAUCUUGUCCCAGGUGGCUCAGACAGCAAGUACCUAAGCCAGGAGUCAAAACCUAGGUCUUUCCAUUUCAAAGUCAGCCUAUCCUUCCCACCAGGCUUAUCAGGGAAAACAAAAACAAAACCCCAAACCUGGCAAGUCUGCUCAAAGAUUCACUCAGCAAGGCAGGCAAAUAAGGUGUUUCUCCCCUCCCCUCUUUCUUCCUUUUAUCCCUUGUAUUAAACCACAUGGAAUCCUUUGUCCUGGAGCCUUUUGGGCCCCAUGUCAAGAGUGUCUCAAGUUUUGCACUGGACAGGUCUGUGGGGACCUAUCUGGGAAAACAUGUUUGCUUCGAAAGAAGUGAAAGACUUGUCUUCUGUUCUCCCCACAUCCAAGCCUCUAUUUUUUAUGAUCACAGGAUGGCCCACUUUGGACUAGGACUGUCAAUGCCAGACAGAAUUACUUUCCCCACAGUCUGGUACCCUGUCUCUUACUGUUCAACAGUUGUACUAUAAUAUAGAAAAAAGAUUUCCAGAGACUCAAACUACUGUUUUGUUUUUAAAUGUAAACAUGGCUGGCCACUGCCGGAAAGUCAGAUUCUUCUGGAUGGUAUAUUCAUUCUACUUUUAGGCAAUGAUUUGGGUCUGUGUUCCUGGGACCUCAUCCUUCUGGAACAUUAGUUUGCAGGAUCUUUUUAAGCUCUUCUACUUGGAUUUUGGAUCAGCUUGGCUCAAAGAAUAGAAUCUGCCCUUCACUGUAAGCGAAGAUCUUUCAAAUGAGCUCAUUGGAAAUGCACUCUAAUCCCUGAGGUGGAGAAAUAGGUUAAGAGAUCCUGUUUCAUAUGCUGUAGUUAAAAGCAUAGUAACUGCAUUACCCGAGAUCCUUUAUUUUCAUAGUAUGAUUUCAAUUCUCUUUAUAGAGUUUUAUAUUAUGCCAGAGGGGGCAAAUUGUGCUUGUACUUCUCAGCAGUUUGGGAAUUGAGAGAAAUUAGAGUUGAUAGUUGAAAAAGUUAUGGUCAGAAGAACCUGAUGUUCAAAACAAAUUUAAAAACCUUGGAGAAAUUACAAGUGAGAUUUCUGUUUAUGCCUAGAUUGUUGAGGAUAAAUAGAAACGCAUGUGUUAUGAAAAGUAGGAUGGGACGAUGCAAACAUAUUUGUGGACAUUUAGAGCAUCUGUCACUCGUAAGCACUAGCAACCUUCACGAAGCUCUCAAUGGAAGCAAUUUAGUCUGGUUCAAUUUAGCCAAGUCUCAGAAACACCAAUGAACGACAAAUCCUCAUCCUAGAGACACUGAAUAAAUGGGUAAACAGGCCACCAGUAAAUAGUCUAACUUUUCUUCAAGUUAGCUAAAAAUGAGAUGCACAGGAAGUUCUAAGAAUACACCCAAGUCUUGGUUGCUUUUCAAGGGAUCUGCUCGGGAAUUUGUGGACUUAGGUCAACUACUAGUGAUUUCUUACCUGUCUGUCUCCUCGAGAUUGUGUUUACAAGCCAUUUACUUGUGAGUGUAGGAGGAAAAAAAUCACUCUUGGUCCAAAGGCUAUUUCAGGGAGGAGCUUCUAAAGAGGAAAUCCAGUGACAGCAUAAGUAGCACACACAGAGGGCCUUUGCUCGCAGAGAGAGUGCUCCUUGUCAGGGCGUCCAUGACUGUCUUUUGAUAGAGCAAUCAGCAAACUCCGAGAUCCCCAGCAUGUCAAGCCUAUGCUGACAAAGUGAGGAUUUAGGAUCUCUGAGUUAUAAUCUUGAGCCUAAUGCAGGACUCGGUUGUAGAGUUUAGAGUUCAGAAUCCCUAAAUGUGAACAAGGAGAGGCUCUGAUUUUUAUAACGUCAGAUAAGCAAGUGGAUUUAAAAUCACAGGUACCUGUGCUCAAGACACAGAGAUUCUAAAUAAUGGCAUAGGAUGGGGACAGAUGCACCUAUUAAAAAGAUCUAAAGUUUCUGCAUUUGAAGUUGCUAGUCUGUGGCUUUUAGGGAAAGAGAAAGAGUUCAAGUCAUUUGGAAAAAAAAAAAAAA